GAUUGGGCGUCGUCGGUGGGCUGUGGCUGCUGCAGAUGCUGCUGCUGGGCUGCCUGUGGAGGCGGCUUAAGGCGAGGGGGCGGCGAGCGGAGGCGGUGGCGAGCGGCGAUGGCGGCGAGGGCGGCAGGUUUACCAAGGCCGCGUCCGGUGGCGGCGGCGGCGGCGGCGGGAGGUUCUUGGUCAGUGACAUAUCCGAGUGGCUGGACAAGUACAAGGUGUUCAAGGUGGAGGAGUUGGAGAGUGGCACGGGUGGUUUCGACGACGAGCACCUCAUCCAGGGAAGCGUGUACAAGGCCUACAUCGACGGUGAGGUGUUCGCCGUGAAGAAGAUGAAGUGGGACGCCUGCGAAGAGCUCAAAAUCCUGCAAAAGGUGAACCACAGCAACCUAGUGAAGCUGGAGGGCUUCUGCAUCAACUCGGAAACCGGCGACUGCUACCUGGUGUACGAGUACGUGGAGAACGGCUCGCUGGACCUGUGGCUCAUGGACCGCGACCGCGCGCGGCGGCUGGACUGGCGCGCGCGCCUCCACAUCGCCCUCGACCUCGCCCACGGCUUGCAGUACAUCCACGAGCACACCUGGCCGCGCGUGGUGCACAAGGACAUCAAGAGCAGCAACGUCCUGCUCGACGACCGCAUGCGCGCCAAGAUCGCCAACUUCGGCCUCGCCAAGACCGGCCACAACGCCGUCACCACGCACAUCGUCGGCACGCAGGGGUACAUCGCGCCGGAGUACCUCGCCGACGGCCUCGUCACCACCAAGAUGGACGUGUUCGCCUACGGCGUCGUCCUGCUCGAGCUCGUGUCGGGGCGCGAGGCCGUCAGCGACGACAGCGGCGAGCCGCUGUGGGCCGACGCGGACGAGAGGCUGUUCCGCGGCCGGGAGGAGAGGCUGGAGGCGCGGGUCGCGGCGUGGAUGGACCCCGCGCUCGCCGAGCAGACGUGCCCGCCGGGCAGCGUCGCCAGCGUGGUGAGCGUGGCGAAGGCUUGCCUGCACCGUGACCCGGCGAAGCGCCCCAGCAUGGUGGACGUGGCGUACACGCUGUCGAAGGCAGACGAGAGCUUCGGCGACUACUCGGGCGAGAGCGUGUCCGUCGCCAGCAGCGGCGGGAUCGCAGCGCGGUGAGGUGUCGCGGGCCAAUCAUCCCCAGUGCCCGUGUUUGUUAGUGGUAGAACUUGUACUAGUAGUAAAUAGCGAGUGGCGAUAGAGAGCAGGUAGCUAAAUAAUCUCUGUCGUUACGUUACACGCGAGGUUGGGAUUGUCAAUUAGUUUUCGUGGGGAGAAGUUGGUUGUUACUUGCAACUCAGUUGUGCAGAAACUGCAUAUAGAACUAUAGAAGCAUCAAGCAUUUCUGUGUCCGUCGGGACUCGGGAGUACCAAAUGAAAGUAGCGAUAGAUCACCAA